GUAGUGAUGUGACCGAAUAGUGAGUCAGCUGUACCUUUAUUUCUUAAAUAUAAUUCAACGACAGUCAGAAGUCUUUUUACUAUAGUCAGUAUUCAUAGUCCGAUCUUAUAUUUAAGAUCAUCUUAAGUACUGUCUUAAGAUGUCAUGAACCAAUCAUAGAACCGUAUUCGCAUCUUAAGACGGUCUUAAAUAUAAGAUCCGACUAUGAAUACCGGCCUACAUCGCAGAAAAUAGGCAAAAUUCAACGGGUUGUAAUUUUGACAAUGAAUUUUAUAGACCUUCUACAAUAAGCCAUUAGUUAUAAGCAAACAAAUUGAUCAAUUGCAAUUGAAUAUUUUCAAAAAUAAUCGACUGUGCUUGGUCAAGUUGUCUUGAUUUAUGAUUAAUAGCUUAUUGUGAAAGGUCCAUUAAUUAAUGAAUUCGAUAUCUCGAAAGUAGACACUUCAAGCCAAAUGCUUCACGAAUCGUCUGACUGUCGUCCCUUUUAUUAUAGUCAUAACCCGUCAAAUUUUGCUCAUAUUUCACGAUGGUCACUUUCAUCACUACUGCCGUUAGUUUCCGUCAAUUACAAGGUCCCCGCUACGAGCCGUUGCAGUCUUUAAUAAGGAACAGAGGUUCACAACGCAGAACAAGAACCCUUUCGAUCUGCAACGAUGAUCUAUAUCUUUGUAAAAUAAAAAUUCACUCAAAACAGAGCUGUUCAAACAAUUCUUGGAGAAUAUGUGUACAUGGAGAGACCAUAGAGCCUAAAACAUAAUUAUAACGAGACAUGGGAGGUUACGAUAGGUUAGGAACCUCCUAGGCAAGUCCCUACCACGCUGAUCGAGCAGACGAGAUCUUCGUUAAAUGGUGCUGCAUGAGGCGGGUAAAAUGAUGCAUUACGGACCGUGGGUUCAGCAUCAAGCAAUGUUGGACAAUCACCAGUGUUAUGCACCGUACAUCAACAUGAUACCAUCAUUUCAACACCGGAUUCAUGAACAUCACCAACUGACAGAGGAAGAGAGUGAACAGACUGGGGAUGAGGCACAUGAUACAGUGACACCUGCUACUUCUGGGGAACGUAGUUCCAGUGCUGAUCUCUUUAGAUUGGAGUUCGCAGCUGCGCAAUGGUCCAAAUUGGUCUCCAAUGCGGAGGGUUUAUUCACAAAGCUCAUGACAAGUAACAUCUUGCCGCAUACAGACCAGGAUCAAAUUGAGCAAUGGCUGUGCAUGAAGCAGGAGUAUGAGGAGUGCAUAUCUGGUGAUGAUACCACCAGUAUGCAAGGCUACACUGAGAAUAUAAGAAGAUCAUUGGAGCGUAUCGAGGAAGUAACGGAGACUGAUGAGAAGACUGAUGAAUCUGCGAAUCAAAUGAAACUCAAGCUCAAUUCUAAUUGCACCUCUAGCUCUGAGAGCGAGCUGUCUAAUGCCGAUGAUGACGAUGAUGAAGAUGAGGAAGAAGAAGAGGAGGAGGACGACGAAGAUGAGGAAGAAGAGGAUCAGAGCGACGCGAGUUCGGAGAACCCGGAUUUCUUAGAGAAACUGGACGAAUGCAUCAACAAGUUUAAGAAAGAUACCGACAGGGAGAUUGACUCUAAGAAGGAUGAGUUCAGAGGAAUGAACAUCGAGAUUAUACAUUCAGCGGCACGAUCCGUAAACAAUAAUUACGUGCCGAUAGCACGCUCUGUACCAAUAAGAAAUCCAAAUUCCCGGAGGAACUCGAUGUUGCCCGGUUCCGACAUGUGUAAUGAAGUGUUGGUCUUUAACGACAGCAGGAAACCUUGUCAGAAUGAAAUCCUUGAGAAUCACCUAACUGAACGUACGAAUUCGUACGUACUGGAUAAUCGCGAGACUGAGGUGAACCUCAACGACAAUUUCCUAGCGAUGCAGAACGACAAUUCGCCAGAUCUGUUGCUCGACGCCCUCAAGACCGCGGAGAUACCCGAGCCUAUUCGGGAAUUGAAAACUCUGACGUUGAAUAAUGAGGCGAAGCAAACGCAAGUGAAGAAGAUCCAGUCGGACUUGGACGGCGCGCAGAAGCGCAUCGAAGAGCUGCAGACGACGAUUAAAAUCAAGCAACGUUUCAUCGCGGACAUGAUGAAGAACUCCGAGACACGCGCCAAUGCGAAGCAGCGAUUUCUACGUAAGCGCAGUAAGCUCGAGGAAGAGUACUACAACACGAGGACGCAACUGGCGCAGGCAGAGAACGCGUCCAUGUACAAAGACUCGGAGGAGAAGUCGGCGUAUAAGAAAGAGAUAGAAUUGUACAAAAACAUGGCGAUACACUACGAGAAGCGUCUCAUGGACAUCGAUAUGAUCAAGCAGAUUGCGGGUGAUUCCGCGAAGAAGGUUCUAGAGUUGGAGGGCUCGCUCAACACGUCCAAGAAGCAAAUGGACAAACUGAAGCGUCAACUAAAGAAGGAGGAAGAGCGGAAGAAGCAAUUGGAACAAGAGCUCGUUAAAGAUCAGCAGAAGAUUCGCGAGCUCGAAGAGAAGUACAAUUUGACCGCUUCCAAAUUGAAGGAGAUGCAGUCGGAGAGCGAGGACGAGAAGCAGCACAAGUCGAAAGCCGACUGCGCCGACAAGAAGAACUUGCUGGACGUUAGCGCGAGGAUUUCUCAUCUCGACCACGUGCUGAAGGAAAAGUCUAUGGACUUAGAGAGAACCGCGGACACGGACGAGAAGGAAGCGUUACGUCACGAAAUUAGAAACCUGAGGCGCACCCGGGAAUGCCUGGUGGACGAAAAAUGCGACUUAGACGAGAAGCUUCAGAAAGAGAGGACCCUGACCACGGUGGAAGAACGCAAACUGCUGGAAUGCGGAGAAACAAUCGAGGCUAUCGACGCUAUGAUCGAGCACAAGAACGAAAUGAUCUGCGGGCGGAAGGACUUCUACGAGAACCAGUCUCAACGAGAGAAGGGCGAGCGAGUGCUCAUGGAACGCCUGAAGAAACUCUCUCACGGCGAGAUAAUAACAUUAUUCGUUAAGUAUUUCCACAAGGUGAUCGACUUGAAGGAGAGCUCGAAGAAUUUGGAAGUGCAGAUCACAGAGUUGGAGGCUCGCAUCGCAAGCCAGGAUUGGGAGAUGGGGACACAGCAGAUGGAGGCUAAAAGGAGGAUCGUGCUGAUGCAGAGGCAAUACGAGGAGAAACUACACCACAUGCUCAGGUAUUUAGCGGAGGAGACCAGCAGCUCCGGCCACGAGAGAUUCGACAAGGAUUCCGAGCUUACCAAAUACAAGAGAGAGAAUAGAGCGCUGAAAAAGCGCCUAGCGGAUGUGGAGGUGCUCCUUAAGGGCACGACACCGCCACGAGUGGCCAGUCCGUGCAGAAUCCCGCAGCAAGGACUGAAGCAAAUUGCGCCUAACAUUCGGUCGACCACCAAGGUGACGAGACAACGGAACAAACUGAUAAUUCAAAAGACUACUGACUGCGACAAGAGAAAGAACUCACAGCUCGAUCCGACGGAAGAAUCUCCUUGCACACGCCCGUUUUCCCGCCGCACGUUAUUUCGAAAGUAUCAAGAGUAAAAGAGAUAUCAAUGGGCUAUGCAGAAUUCAAUUGCGCCUGACAAUAGUCUUCACAAACCUGUACGAAUCAAGUGUGGUAGACCUAGUUCCAUCGUGUGAACUAGUUAUCUUUCAUGUAUUUUUGUAGAAUGUACAUCGCCACGUUCUACACGGAGAAAAUAUUGUAGAGAAAAUUUUUUAUAAUCUUGGACCAUAUAAAAUUAUAGUCGAAAUUAGUAUAUGUACAAAAAUAUUAUGCACGUGUUUAAAUUUUUACUACAAAAUUAUUUAAUUAAAUAAUUGUUAAUGACUUAAAAAAAUAUAUAAUAAUUGAAUGUUUUUUUUUAUAUUAGGUAGGUCGUCAAAUUUACCAUAGUAAUUUAUUAUAUUUAUUUAAGUAUAUAGUCCAGUUUUAUGAAAAAAAUUACAAAAAGAAAUCUAAUUUUAAUUUUCUCCGUGUGCGUGAGAAUGCAUUCACUCGAUGUAUUAAAUGUUUGUUCAAGAAGAUACAAGCGAGACGACGACCCGACGAGAGACGCACGUAUGAAUGUUCGUCUGCAAGAGAGUAAGCUUGGCGUGAAAAAAAAAUUGGAGUAAAAGAUGAAAAUAAUCUAUUUCGCUUACGCCUCCUUGUAAUCUAGCUCCUUUACACCAAAAAUAUUUCUCUUAAGAAAUACUUGUGAUGUAAGGGAAUUAGAGUAUAGGCGUAGGCGAAAUAAAUUAUUUUUACUUCUCACUCCAACUUUUUCUUACGCCAAGCUUACUCCACGUAUUGCAGACGAGCUUUGAGUCUAUUAUUGCAUGCUGGCCCAUGUCGUUGUAUCUACACGGGGGACAUAGUGCCGAGCCUCGUAAUUUAAUGUCUCUAGGCAUAAUAUAGCCGCCAAAAGUGUAAUAUCCCGAAUCUCACUCGAGAGCGUACUUGCAUGCUGUCCUCGUUAACCCGUUUGUAAUUCGUUUUGACGUUCAUCUAUCUAAGUGUCGCGUGACAAUGUAGUAAGAUACGGCAUGAGUGCUUCUGGUUCCGAUUCUCGCGACGAGAUGAAACAAAAAAUUAAAAAAGAAAAAAAAUGCGCUCAGGAGUCUUGUGUAUAGCUCAAUUAUACGUAUACAUGGAGUAGUCGAUAAUCAAAUUCAUUUCGGACCUCGAGCAAUCGUUUAGAGAUAGAUGUUAGACUAGAGAGACCGAGCUGUUGCAUUUGAAGAGAAAGUCGAAAGUUUAAUUGCUGCUAGCGAUUAGGUCUGUUUAGGAUAUACUGAUUAGACAAGGACGCCAUGCACGCUCGGCCAUUGUAUUUUCAGAAUAGGUUGUUGGUGCAACACGCAGUUGUACUAUUCACACGUUGUCACUCGCAGCUAUUAUUAAAUACAUACGUAUGUGUACAUCGCGAAAAAGGCAUUCGAUGGACACACUGAAAUCUCCGGUAUUAUUAUUAAUAUCGUUUUUCGCGUCGUGCGUAGAAAGUAGCGUCGAUUUAUCUGUAGCAUGAGAAACCAGUGAGCGUGACUCUGAUUUGAUCGAGAUCGUAUCGAUCCACUUCCACUUUCAUCGUAAUUUAUUGUAAUUUUGUAAAUAAAUCGAUGUCACACGUUAUA